AUGGCUGUAGUAUCUGCGACCUCUAAUGGUGCGAUUGAGGAUGCAGAAGGGAGCAAAGCUGGAUGGCUGUCCAAGAAAACUCAGUUCACACAUCGCUGGAGGCCAGCAUGGUUCCAGAUACAGCAGUCCAAACUCCUCUACGGAGCAAACGAAAAGACUGCUGCCAAGACAAUCAGCCUGAUCGGAGCGCGGGUUGAGGCACAGGAGGCCGACGGAUGUUUUGGCUGGACUAUAACUCCAAAAAACAGUAAAAGGACCUUCUUUCUGCGGGCCAGCUCAGCCGAGGAGCAGCAGGCAUGGAUGGUGGCUGUUUGUGCAGCACAGAUCAAGUCUGGAGAGCAUGCCCCGAAUGCGUGUGUUGUGCAGUAGCAGAGCUGUAAACCUCCGCAUCACAAAAUCUCAAACUUCAUGUCGAUUCGAUUUUAAUGACUAACAAGUUUGACCCAACACUGUCGUGAGGAUCUGAAGGAGUUGUUUACUCAGUAUUGGAAUAUCAGCAAAGAAAGCAAAAAAAAAAAA